GUGCCCUCGAUGGUUUGACACCACUACCAGUGAUUUAGCAUUUCUCGGCAUAAAGAAAAAUUAUUCUAAAAAAAGUGCAAAUUUUUGAACAGAUAUUUAGCUGGAAAAAAAGGAAGCACAAAAAUGAGUCUUACAUCCGCCGCGGGGAUAAUAUCCCUACUCGAUGAACCGAUGCCAGAUCUUAAGGUAUUUGCGCUGAAGAAGCUGGACAACAUUGUGGACGAGUUUUGGCCGGAAAUAUCCGAGUCCAUAGAGAAGAUUGAGAUGCUCCAUGAGGACAGAGGAUUCCCGGAAAACAAAUUGGCUGGCAUGGUUGCCUCCAAGGUAUUCUAUCACUUGGGAUCAUUCGAGGAUGCCCUCACUUAUGCGCUGGGCGCUGGCGAUCUUUUCGAUGUGAAUGCGCGGAACGAAUACACGGAGACAAUCAUUGCCAAGUGCAUUGAUUUCUACAUUGCCCAACGCGUACAGUUCAUUGAAAACCCCAAGGAGGCCACCGCUGUAGAUGAGCGCCUCGAAGGCAUUGUUAAUCGCAUGAUCCAGCGCUGCCUGGACGACAACCAGUUCAGGCAGGCUCUGGGUAUUGCGCUGGAGACCCGCCGCAUGGACAUCUUCACGGUGGCCAUCAUGAAGUCGGACGAUGUACGCGGCAUGCUGGCCUAUGCCUACAAUGUAACAAUGUCGCUGAUACAGAAUCGCGGCUUCCGCAACGAAGUACUGCGCUGUUUGGUCGGCCUUUACAAGGACCUGGGCGUGCCCGACUAUGUAAACAUGUGCCAGUGCUUAAUAUUCCUCGAGGAUCCGCUGGCCGUGGCAGAGAUGCUAGACACUCUGACACGUUCCGCUGUGGAGACAAACAAUCUGAUGGCCUAUCAGAUUGCCUUCGAUCUGUACGAGUCGGCCACCCAAGAGUUUCUGGGCAACGUACUGCAGGCUCUCAAGGAUACAGCACCGAUUCCCACAGCCCUGCCCAGCACGUUCAAGCCGCAGGGGACCAGCUCUGGCGAUGCAGCGGCCAAGUCUGACGAAGAUAAAGCCAAACCGGACGAAGAUAUUACGGAAGAAAAAGAAGCUGAGCCCAAGGUCGAACGCACAAUCGAUUCUUUGAACGAAGUGGAGAAACUGCAUCAGAAAAAUAUUGAGAAGCUGAUCUCCAUUCUCUCCGGCGAGAUCUCCAUUGAUCUGCAACUGCAGUUCCUCAUCCGCAGUAAUCAUGCCGAUUUGCAGGUGCUGCGCGGCACCAAGGAGGCUGUGCGCGUGUCCAUUUGCCACACGGCCACGGUCAUCGCCAAUGCCUUCAUGCACAGCGGCACCACCUCCGAUCAAUUCCUGCGCGACAACUUGGAUUGGUUGGCGAGGGCGACAAACUGGGCCAAAUUAACGGCCACCGCCUCAUUGGGUGUCAUACAUCGUGGACACGAAAAGGAUUCGCUGGCGCUGAUGCAAAGCUACUUGCCCAAGGAGGCGGGUCCCAGUUCUGGCUACUCUGAGGGUGGUGCUCUCUAUGCUCUGGGCCUCAUACAUGCCAAUCACGGAGCCAACAUUAUUGACUACUUGUUGCAGCAGCUGAAGGAUGCCCAGAACGAGAAUGUGCGUCACGGCGGUUGUCUGGGCCUCGGUCUGGCCGGCAUGGGUACCCACCGACAGGAUCUGUACGAGCAGUUGAAGUUCAAUUUGUAUCAGGAUGAUGCUGUUACUGGCGAGGCGGCGGGCAUUGCAAUGGGCAUGGUUAUGCUGGGCUCGAAGAACGCACAGGCCAUCGAGGAUAUGGUGUCGUAUGCCCAGGAAACGCAGCACGAGAAGAUCCUUCGGGGUCUGGCUGUCGGCAUAUCGUUGACCAUGUUCUCUCGCCUUGAGGAGGCCGAUCCCCUCGUUACCAGUCUGUCCACCGACAAGGAUCCCGUCCUGCGUCGCUCUGGCAUGUACACCCUGGCCAUGGCAUACAACGGAACCGGCAGCAACAAAGCCAUACGCAAACUCCUGCACGUGGCCGUCUCCGAUGUGAACGACGAUGUUCGACGUGCUGCUGUCACCGCCAUUGGCUUCAUACUCUUCCGCACACCGGAACAGUGUCCUUCGGUGGUCAGUCUGCUUGCCGAGUCCUACAAUCCGCACGUGCGCUACGGAGCAGCGAUGGCCCUGGGCAUUGCUUGCGCCGGCACUGGGCUGCGCGAAGCCAUUGCUCUGCUGGAGCCGAUGGUCAAGUUUGAUCCCGUGAACUUUGUGCGCCAGGGAGCAUUGAUUGCCUCGGCCAUGAUCCUGAUACAGCACACGGACCAGAGCUGCCCCAAGACCACCUUCUUCCGGCAGCUGUAUGCGGAGGUCAUUAGCAACAAGCACGAGGAUGUCAUGGCCAAAUACGGCGCCAUCUUGGCACAAGGUAUCAUUGAUGCUGGCGGACGAAACGCCACGCUCUCGCUGCAAUCACGCACCGGACACACCAAUCUGCAGGCUGUCGUCGGAAUGCUGGCCUUCACUCAGUACUGGUACUGGUUCCCCCUGGCUCACACUCUCUCGCUGGCCUUCACGCCGACCUGUGUGAUUGGUCUGAAUUCAGACCUGAAGAUGCCCAAAAUGGAGUACAAGUCGGCUGCCAAGCCAUCGCUGUAUGCCUACCCUGCCCCGCUGGAGGAGAAGAAGAGCGAGGAGCGCGAGAAGGUGGCCACGGCAGUGCUCUCGAUUGCCGCCAGACAGAAGCGUCGCGAGAAUGCCGACAAGAAGGAAGACGAGAAAAUGGACGUCGAUGAGGACAGCAAGGAGGGUGCGACUCCAGCCAAGAAGGAGGAUGAGAAGGCCGAGCCGUCGGCCAAGUCCGAUGAAAAGCCAGCGGAGGAGAAGCCCAAGAAGAAGGACGAGAAGGAGAAGGAAAAGAAGAAGGAGGAUGAGAAGGAAAAGGACAAAGAGGCGGCCGGCACAAGCGCUAGCGCUAGCGCUGACAAAGAGAAGGACAAGAAGGAGGAGAAGAAGGAAAAGAAAGAGCCGGAACCGAAUUUCGAAAUCCUCCAGAACCCCGCACGUGUCCUGCGUCAACAGUUGAAGGUCCUGAGCGUCAUCGACAACCAGACCUACGAGCCCCUGAAGGAAGUCACCAUUGGCGGCAUCAUUGUAUUCCAGCACAGCGGCAAGGUUGAGGAACAGGAACUCGUCGAGCCCGUGGCCGCCUUCGGUCCAAUGAACGAUGAGGAGAAGGAGCCCGAGCCCCCAGAGCCCUUCGAAUACAUUGAAGACUAAAUGGGCAUGUUGUUCGUCAUUAUCUAAGUAAAUUUGUUCAGAUUUUUCAGUUUGGGCAUACGUGUCACGAUAUCUGCACUAGACACAAAACAAUUGCAUAUGCCGAUUUAAUGCUAAUCCCUAAUUAUAAUACAAUAAAAGUUUCAUCGUCUAUGA